AAAUAAACUUGUGUGUUUAGGAGGAGGUCGAAUUUCAUUUGUUGAUUUAUUUUUUGCUGCAUUUACACGGUCGAAGAAGGAAAUUUCGCAUGAAACUAGCUCGGCCAUGGGUUCUUCGGACUACCUGAACAGCACCCAGAACCUGGUCCACCCGGAGUGGGAAAUCGUGGAACCGACGCCCAACAUCCACGUUCUGUUCCCGCGGUUCGACAAAAAGUUCUUCCAGGGCAAGCUGACGUGCGUGCAGCUCGAGUGGAGCAAGCGGAUGUACAGCUGCGCCGGGAUUUGCUACCAGAAGCGGAACCGGUUCGGGAUGAGCUGCAUUAUCCGGCUGAGCGAACCGCUGCUGAAGUUGCGGCCGCGAAAGGACUUGGUCGAGACGCUGCUGCACGAGAUGAUUCACGCGUACUGCUUCGUGCUGGGGAUCCGGGAGGGAAACGGAGGACACGGGCCGCACUUUAAGAAGAUUAUGAACGGGAUCAACAAGAUUGCCGGGACUAACAUUUCGGUUUACCACAGCUUCCACGACGAGGUGAAUCUGUAUAAAACGCACUGGUGGAAGUGUAACGGUGUCUGCCGGAAUCGGCCACCGCACUUUGGUACAGUCAAGCGAUCGUCUAACCGGAAGCCUGGCCCGUACGACCGUUGGUGGACUCAGCACCAGCAGGACUGCGGCGGCGAGUUUGUCAAGGUCAAGGAACCGUCCCCGAAGCGCAAGAAGGCAAACAAGGAGAACGAUCCGCAGAAAGCGGGUGGGAAGAAGAAGGCGGAUACGACGCGAACGCCGAGGAAGUGGCCCGCGGGAGGAAAUAUUUCAGACUAUUUCAGCCAGCCUGGGUCGGUUGGGAAAUCUCCCGGUCCGUUCAAGAAGCCGUACACGGGGACGGCUGUAGCAAAUCCGGGUGGUCGAACUGUCGUUGUGCGUAAACCACCGACCACCGCCACAACACCGAAACCGGUUCCGAAUGAAGCUCCGGUGAAGAAACCGGCUCCGGUGGUGCCUCCAGGAAGUAAUCUCAAAAACGUGAAGCAGUUCAAAGACUUGGACAGCGAUUCGGACGGGAGUCCGGCGAAGAAGCCCAACGUUCCGCUGUUUACCGGAAGUGGCCACACGCUGGGUGGUGCUGGAAAGUCGUAUGCGGGUCAACCGGGCAACGCCCGCAACAGUCGACUGUUGGCGCAAUUUUCACCGAAAGAGAAGAAACCACGCAUCGAUCAACUGCCAAAGCCGAUGCCCCAGGAAACGGUCGACUUGUCGGACGACACGGAUUACAUCUUCGAGGCGAUCGACAUGGACAAGAUCAAACGGGAACGACAGGACGCUAUCAAGCAGGACAUUCGGGAUUCGCUGGCGGAUGGUGACGAUGAUGAAAUUAUCCUUAUCGAUGACGACUACGACGACGAACAGGGGGACGAAAUUACCAACCUGGAAGAUUCCCUAACGGACACGUCCGUAAUCGAUGAACUGUUCAGCGAUAGCGACAUCCUGAUGGAAGAGUUCAACAAAACCAACACCAAGAUCAAAGUCGAACGGGAAGAGGACGAACUGGUUUCGUGUGUGGUCUGCCUCAAGAAAAUCAAACGGUCCGAAAUGGCCGCCCAUCUAGACCGCUGUUACACUGCGUUCCUGGGUGAGGACGACGAUCCAGCCCCGGUCCCAACGCCAGCAGCAUUCGACCCAAACCAACCGUCCACUUCGAGGGCGGGCACGAGCUCAACCACAAAGCCCCCUCAAAAGUCGAAAGAAACUCAACCAAAACCCGACAACGCCAAGCUGUCCCAGCGGGAGGAACAUCGCAAAAUCCUGCUCGAGUGUGGAUACAGCGAGGAGGACAUUGUGACGGCGCUCGAACAGAUGGAGGAUACUGAGGAGAACCAGCAGCAGACGUCGUCGUCAGUUGAGAAGCGAAUGCUGAACGAUGGGGACGAGAUUGAUCUGACGAUGGCCGCUGAAGAGUGCGCGUGUCCGGUGUGCGAUCGGAUGAUGCCACUGGAGGAGAUCAAUCGCCAUCUGGAUCGGUGCUUGGGAGUGUGACGAGAGAGUGGAUUCUGUCGCAGGAAGGAGGAUAUUUAUUUGUUUAAUGGUUCGUUACCUCGUGAAAUGCGUGAUCAGUUGUGUUUUGACAAUAAAUCUCAUAU